AAUCCGUUAAAUUAGCAACUGUAGUUAGUUUUUAUUAAUGGCAGUAUUUUUACAAAAUUAAAUUUUUUAUGGUCAAGUAUUGUGUAAAUAACACUUUAUCAUGGUUACGGUAUAUUGUAAAUGAACAAUUUUAAGUUUUGAAAUACGGUACUAUAAAAAUACGCUCUUGUACUGGCAAAACUUUAGACAUAACAUCAUUUAUGUUUCUUUAUUGUCAAAUUUGUAAAGUGAAGAUAAUGACUUUGUUUAUUGCUUACUAAGUUUUCAAGCAUAUAGUGAGAUUCUGUUCUAAAAACUCUGAUUAAAGUAUGACAGGAGAAAUUGAAAAAAAGUCAUUUGUAGCUGGAAAAGCAAAACAAAGUUCGAAUUUAAAGCAAAUGAAAAUAAAGUUUACCCCAAAUGAUGAAAAAAGUAAACAGAAAAGGGAGUUAACAGCUUCAGUGAGUGUGAACAGGACAAGGUCUUUAAGUAUUGGUAGUAGUUCUGAAGAUGAACCUUUAUCAAAAAUUGUGAAACUAAAUGAUGUAAAGUUGAAUGAUUUGAAUGAAAAAACCUCUUUAAAAUAUAACAAAAAAUCAUAUGAGACAUUAGAAAAAAAUAAACUUGAAAGAAUAUCUAUAUCUGAUGAUGAUGAAACCUCAUUAUCAGUUGUAAAAAAAAAUAUUAAUGCUUUGAAGUCAUCAGGCUUAACUUUUCAGCAAACUACUCCUAAAAAAGAGCUAAAUGAUAAACCUGUUGCACGACAUUCACCUCGUAUUGUUAGAAUUGAACAUGAAAAGCAGAAGAAAAUUUAUGAAUACAAUGAAAGAAAAAUGCAAGAAGAAAAGAGAAUAAUGAAUAACAUAAAAGAAAGAGAAUUUAAGCUAGAAAAAGAGCUUCUAAAAAUGAAGUGGGAACAAAUGAAAAACUUUUCCACGCAAAAAACAACAGAUGAGUCAAAGAGGCCAGUCAUGACAAAUCAAAACAUGUUUAGCAAGCUACCUCCAAUUGUUUCUCACUCAACAAUAAAUUCAGCAUCACUAAAUCCAACAACCACACAAAAAAAUGUUGUUAUCGCUAUUGAUAUGGAUCCUGAAAAAUGGAAAAAGUUACCUCCAUUUGAACAAGCAAGAAUUAUUGAAGAAAAAAGAAAGUUAAUCAACAAAAAUAUGCACCAGAUAAAUAUAAAGACUGUAAAUAUUGCACCAAAAGCAAAUGUUCAUUCUCUUUUACAACCUCAAAAGGUAUCCAAUUCACUUCUUCCUACAAAUUAUCAACUGGUUAGCUCCUCGAGCAUAGAAACAAUAAAAUCACCUGUUUUUCAACCUCGACCCUCAAUUAGUGGUGUGAUAAUACCAAAGCCUGAUUGUUUACAAAAAGUUGGUUUUCAACCAGCAGCACACCAUGUUUCACUUCAAACAUAUAAUCAGGAAUUUUCUCAUAUAUUUGCUCAAAAAAAAGAUGAUGAAGAAUUGUCAAAUUUGAUUGCACUUCCACGGCCAAAAUCAGUUCAAAUGCCUCCUGGAUUUACAUCUAAAAACUUUGGUGAUAUUGUCAUGAUUGUUGAAUUUGUAAAUUGCUUCAAGAAGUUUCUUGAUGUGAAUGAUCGACCUGAUAUAACCACAGCUCAACUUUUGUUAGCUUUAACACCUGGCAGCAAAGGUUCAUUAAUCACAUGUCAGAUUCUUUUGAUGUUUCUAAAAGUUGUUUUAGGCAAUGAAGACUAUAAGAUCAAAGGUUUGAAGAUUGAACUUGCAGAUCUUCCACUCACUGAACAUACAGUUUCUUAUCUGCUAGGUCAAUUUUUAAAAUCUCAGCUCGAAAAGAUGAAGAAAGAGCGUCGUGCAAAAGAGAUUGAAUCUGAAAAUGCUCUUGUUGCUGAAAUAGCUGGAUUCAAAAAAGUAGCAACAGCUGAUAAAGAGGAUGAAUAUAAAGAUGCAGAUGAAGAUGAGAAUGUUGAAAAAGAUCCUACAUUUGUUCUUGAUGAAACUGAUCCCACAUUUAUACUUGAUGACGAUGAAAUGGAAAUUUUUAAAGCUAGGAAAAAGAAAAUAAAAAAAGCAAUAAGUGCAUUUGAGAACGAAAUAACAAUGGUUUCUGUGGAAUUAGAAAAAUCUGAGUUUUAUGAUCUGUCAACAAAUUCCCAGCUUCAGAUUUUAACUUAUUUAUUGACUAUUGUUCUGGAGUCAGAGGAACUAUCACAAUUUUAUGAGGAGUUGGCAAAUGAAAAGCAUGAAGCUUUUCGUGUUCAGGAUGCACAUAGAAAAGAUGUCUGUAGACUGAGAAAAGAGAGGGAGAAAGAUAGUGAGAGUUCUGUUGGCUCUAUUGAUAAGUUCACAUUGAAAGUUGCUUCUGAGGACCCACACAAAAUCAGUGAUUAUGAAGACCCUCAAAAUUCACCUAGUGGUUCCGAGAGCAAAAAUGAUUCAGCAAAUCCUUAUCAUGGUAAAACUAAAAGACAAAUCGAAGUUCUCAAAGCAGAAGCAGAACUAAAUUUACAAAAGAAAAAAGAUCUUGAAAGAAAACAAAUUGAAGAGAGAGAAGAUGUAGACAAGAUGAAUGCAAGUAUUGAACAGCAAAAUAUAAAACGAGUUUUAGAAAUUUCACACCAAUGCAAAAAAGUGUUGAGGCUUGAACCGCUUGGCUAUGAUCGCUUUUUUAGAAUAUAUUGGCUAUUUACUGGUGGUACUCCUGGCUUGUAUGUUAAUGGGGCAGAGCUUCAGUCAAUUAAUGGAACUGUUUACGGACCAGAUUGCUGGAUGUACUAUGACAACAUGGCAGAUGUUGAUAACCUAAUUUCUUCACUAACAAUUAGGGGUCAUAGGGAGUCAAAGUUGAAAGCAAAUCUACGAUAUAAUUAUGCUAAAAUAAAAGAAAGUGUUUCUUUACUGGAAAACUCAAUAAAAAGAACUCAAGAACAUAUAAAAAAUGUUAUAACAACAUCGAAAAAGAAUGAGACUUAUUCCAUCAAUCCUCCAAUGUUAUUAACAGAGAUUUCAAGUUUAAAUUGUAAUUCUGAUGUAAGUUCUGUUGAAAAUCUUGAUGCUAAGCAUAGCAAUAGACAGGUAGAAGAAGAACAGCAGGAAGAAAAUAAAAAAACUGAAGAAACUAUAGAUACUAAAAACUUUGUUACACAUAAAUCAGAAGAUAAUUGUUCUGUUCUUAUUAAUGGCAAUGAAAAUGACAAAGAAAAAUCAAAUAUGGAGUCAAAAAUAUCUUCUGAUUUUGGUGAUAGCUUACAUUCUAUUCAAGAAAAUAUUAUUAAUGGAUUAACAGUCUUGAAAAGCCAAUCUUCUACAUCCAGAAACAGUAAUGAAUCGUCAGAUAACAAGAAAGAAGAGACUAUUGAAGAAGAUGCCCAUUUAGCAUCAAUAAAGUCUCUUAAAGAGGAUGUAGCUGAGGCUGCAAGAAAAAUUGUUGCUGGUAAUUUAGGGGAACUUGAUGAACCUGAUGUAAAGGAAUGGAUUGAUAAAAUGGCUGCUACAAAACAGCUUCAGGAGAUUAAAGAAUACAUAUUGAAAAUUCACACAACUGUAUAUCCUCGUUUUUUGAACCACUUUAUGGCUUCUAAUACUCAAAGUAACAAUUUUGUUGAUGAGUGGGUGAAAGCUGUAGAAUCAGCUUUGACGCUAUCAAAACUUCACACACUUUUUGGUGUAUUUGAAAAUAGUGUAAAUUGGGAUAAAUCUUCUGAAAAUUCACGUUGCAAAAUUUGUAAUCGUGGAAAAGGUCGUUACCAUAAGGAUCAUUUGGUCAUUUGUGAUGCAUGCAGUUUAGCCUAUCAUUUGGCCUGCAUUAAACCACCAUUAAAAGAAGUUCCAGAAAGCACUUGGGAAUGUCCUGAGUGCACAAGUAAUUCUCAAAGGGAGAAAAUUUCUAAUGGAAAAUCAAGAGAGCGAUCUUCAAAGACUACAGAGUCAGAAUCAGAAAGUAGCAAUGAAGACUCUGACCAUGAAGAUAUUUGUCAUGUUUGUGAAACAGAUGGUCUUGUUAUACUAUGUGACACUUGUCCUUUAAGUUAUCAUUUUGAUUGCCAUAAUCCACCAUUACGUCAUGCACCAAGGGGUCCUUGGAGCUGUUAUGAAUGUCGAAAAAAUUCUAAAAACUCCUCUGUUUCCAAAAGAACCCAUUCGAAAUAUAUUGAUUCAGAUUCAGAACAAGGUUCAAGUAAGAAAUCUCAAGCAAUUUCAAGCAAACAAAAAAAAAGAAAAUCUGACACCUCAGAAAGUGACUUACCAAGAAAAAAGGCAAAAAAGAAAUCUAGUAGUAGUUCAAAAAAAAUUAAAAAAUUAAAACUUAAAAAUCGUAAUCAAUCAAAUAAAAAAUUGAAUAAAAAAUCUUCUGACAUUUUAAACAGAAAAAAACGACGUGUCUAUGAUAAUGAGAAAGAAACGUCUGAAAAUGAAAGUUAUGAGAUAAAUGAUAUUCAUAAUAACACUGAUCGCAAUGGUUUUAAUAACUCUACAAAGCUUGGAAAUCAAAGGCCGCAUUACACUAAAGAUGAAAAUAAAAUAGAUAUGAUUCAUAAAACUUUAGACACUGAUGAGUUGUCAGAUUUUAAAAUUAAUGGAGAUGUCCAGCGAUCAUCGCGAAGUCGUCGCAAGAGUUCUCGUAAUAAUCCAAGAGAAUCAAAUUAUGAGAUUCAAGCUUGUGAAAACAUUUUGUGCGAGUUAUUAAGAAACAAAGAUUCUUGGCCAUUUAUUUAUCCUGUAAAUUUGAAUGAGGCUCCUGAUUACCUGGAUAUCAUCAAAACUCCUUUAACUUUUUCAGCCAUGCGAAAAAAGUUAGAGGGGUUUCAAUACGAAGAUGCACAUCAAUUUCUUAAAGAUGCAAAACUAAUUUUUGAAAAUUCUAAAACAUAUAACCAUGAUACUUCUGAAGUUGGCGGUGCAGGUAUUCGGCUCAUGUCUGUUUUUAAUACACUCGUUAAGAGGUAUUUACCAGAGUUGCAAAUAUCAUGAUUAAACGACGUUGUACUUAUAAAUACUCUGUAUGAGCUUGUAAAAAAUAUCUGUUUUGCUGUC